UGGUGUGUGCUCGUGGAGCAGAGAGAAAGGGGGAAUACACUUCUGCCUUAAAUUGGUCUGAGUCCUUCUCUCGGACGACCCAACUCUGUGAUUAUUACGCAUCAUGGCUAAGCUGGUGGAGUGUGUGCCCAACUUCUCCGAGGGCCGGAACAAAAAGGUGAUUGAUGCCAUAGCAGAGGCCAUCUCCAGCACGGAGGGAUGCAGUCUGCUCGACGUGGACCCUGGAUCCUCCACCAACCGUACAGUCUACACCUUCGUAGGCUCGCCACAGGCUGUGGUGGAGGGUGCACUGAACGCUGCACGCACUGCCUUCCCACUCAUUGAUAUGACCAAACACUCAGGGGAGCAUCCACGGAUGGGCGCCAUGGACGUGUGUCCCUUCAUCCCUGUCCAGAAUGUCACUAUGGAGGACUGUGUCAACUGUGCCAACAUUUUUGCCCAGCACUUAACAGAUGUGCUGCAUGUACCUGUGUAUCUUUAUGGAGAAGCAGCGAGGAAGGAGAACAGGAGAUCUCUUCCCUCUGUCCGGGCAGGGGAGUAUGAAGCCUUGUCUGAGAAAUUGAAGAGGACAGAGUGGGCUCCUGACUAUGGCCCUGCUGACUUCGUGCCCUGCUGGGGAGCUACAGUGGCAGGCGCUCGCAAAUUCCUGGUUGCCUACAACAUAAACCUCCUCAGCACCAAGGAACAAGCCCAUCGGAUUGCACUAGAUAUCCGGGAACAGGGCAGAAGCAAAGACCAGCCGGGUCUGCUGAAGAAGGUGCAGGGAAUGGGCUGGUACCUGGAAGAGGCGAACAUAGCCCAGGUGUCCACCAACAUCCUGGACUUUGAGCUGACACCUGUCCACACUGUUUACGAAGAGAUCUGCAGUGCUGCCAAGGACCUGAACCUGCCAGUGGUAGGCUCUCAGAUUGUAGGCAUCAUGCCUCUAAGAGCUGUGCUGGACUGUGCUGACUUCUACAUCCAGAGGGACAGGCUCUUCAUUGUGGAGGAGGAGCACAAAGUCCGUCUGGUCAUCAGUAAACUUGGGCUUGAUUCACUUGGGCCAUUCGACCCCAAAGAGAGAAUCAUAGAGUACAUGGUGGAGAGGACUGAGGAGGACAAGCGUCUGGUGUCUCUGUCUCUGCAGCAGUUUGUCCGCAGCGUGGGGGCCAGAACCGCUGCUCCAGGAGGAGGGUCAGUCUCUGCUGCCGUCGCUGCAAUGGGGGCUGCUCUGGGAGCCAUGGUGGGUCAGAUGACCUAUGGGAAGAGGCAGUUUGACAGCCUGGACAGCAUCAUGAGGAGACUCAUCCCUCCCUUCCAUCAGGCCAUGAAUGAACUGCUGGUCAUGGUGGAUGCAGACUCCAAGGCAUUCAGUCGCUACAUGGCUGCAUUGAAGAUGCCAAGAAACACAUCAGAUGAAGUCAAAAGGAGGGAAGAUGCCAUGCAGGAGGGUCUGAAGCAAGCCGUGGCGGUCCCACUGUCUCUGGCUGAACGAGUCAACCUGCUGUGGCCUUGUCUAAAGGAAAUGGUGCUCUACGGAAACGUGGCCUGCAAGUCUGACCUCCAGGUAGCAGCUAAAGCCCUGGAAACAGCAGUGUUUGGAGCCUACUACAAUGUUGUGAUUAACCUCAAGGAUAUCGCAGAUGAGUCCUUCAAAGUGACUACUCAACAGAGAGCAUCAGCUCUGCUUACUGAGGCCAGGGAGAGUGUUAAUGCAGUCCUGGAUGCUGCAGAGAGAAAAGAGUGAAGAAGUUACCACAUUACUAAAGCAUCACCCACCGCCUGCCUAAGCCUCAAACCAGGCUUUCAAAACCAUCAAUUCUCAUAACACUUUACAAAAUAAACUGGGUUCACAUAAAUAAAUGCUUGAUCAACUACUCCUCUGGUACUCCUUUGCUUUGUUAGGAAUUCAAGAAAUACUUGCGUAAUGUACUGUAUAGCAGCAGCCUACACCAAGCCAAGAUAUCACAGUCAAAGUGUUCUAAAUCACAUUACGGUAAAUAGAAUAGUACCACAAUGUUUCUUCUUCUCUCUUCCACAUGAAGCUAUGAUGAUAGAGUAGUAUUAUUUGCUUCUGAAUGACAAAGUGAUGCAAGGUGUGAAUACGGGGCAUGAACCCCGUCCAUACCUCAGCUCCACGGUCCAAAAAUAACAUGAUGCAGUCACCACCUUGCUUGAAAAUAUGAAGAGUGGUACUCAGUGAUGUGUUGGAUUUGCCCCAAACAUAACACUUUGUAUUCAGGUCAUAAAGUUAACAAAAUGUAUUUGCCAUAUUUUAUGCAUGUUUCAGAAUAUUUUUUAUUCUGUACGGGCUUCCUUCUUUUGACUGUCGUUUAGGUUAGUAUAGUGGAGUAACUACAAUGUUGUUGAUCCAUCCUCAGUUUUCUCCUAUGACAGCCAUUAAACUCUGUUUUAAAAUCACCAUUGGCCUCAUGAUGAAAUCCCUGAGCGGUUUCCUUCCUCUCCGGCAACUAAGUUAGGAAGGACGCCUGUAUCUUUGUAGUGACUGGGUGUAUUGAUACGCUAUCCAAAGUGUAAUUAAUAACUGCACCAUGCUCAAAGGGAUAUUCAAUGUCAUAGUUUUUUUUAACCCAUCUACCAAUAGGUUGCCCUUCUUUGCCAGGUAUUGGUAAACCUCCCUGGUCGUUGUGAUUGAAUCUGUGUUUAAUAUUCACUACUAGACUGAGGAACCUUACAGAUAAUUGUAUGUGUGGGGUACAGACAUGAGGUAGUCAUUCAAAAUUCAUGUUUAACACUAUUAUUGCACACAGAUUGAGUCUAUGCAACUUAUUAUGCGACUUGUUACGCACAGAUUUACUCCAGAGCUUAUUUAGGCUUGCCAUAACAAAGUGGUUGAAUGCUUGUUGACUCAAGACACUUCAGCUUUUCAUUUUUAAUUCAUUUGUAAACAUUUCUAAAAACAUAAUUCCACUUUGACAUUUUGGAGUAUUGCGUGUAAGCCAGUGACACAAAAUCUCAAUGUAAUACAUUUUAUAUUCAGGCUGUAACACAACAACAUGUGGAAAAACUAAACUAAACUAUAGUUAAGUGCUUUAUGUUUAUACACAUUAUCACCAAAUUAUUAAUUGUUUCCAGUUCAGUAAAGUGAGUGUACUAUAGAAUGUAUAUUUCUACUGUAAUUGCAUAUCUUUCAAAUUGACUCUAUACAAAUAAAAAGUCGACAGUG